AUGGGCCCAUACGGGACGUUACCCUUCACUGUGGCCAGCCACCAAAAUGUAAUGUUGAUUGGAGCAGGGGUCGGUUACCCCAGCACUGGGGGUAUGCUCCGCCAGGUUCUGGAAGACAACAUGGGCAAGGAGGGGGCAGAUAGGAAGGCAGUCUGUUUCAUCUGGGCAGCGACAAAGAUUGAUCAGCUGCUCCUGUGCUUCCCGAGCCUUCUGGCAGACCUCUCGCGAUACGUUAGCAAACGUUCCCUCAAGGAGUUGAAGAGCUGGCUCACAGUGAAAAUAUUCAUAUCUAGCUUCGAGGCUGGAGAUUUCCUCAACGUGAACCCGAGUGAACACAUUUUUCCAGAGAGCGGCGACAUGAAGUCUGCGUUGGAGGAGGUGCGUCGCUGGCUACUCGGUCAGGACAACUCGGGAGGGCACGAUGAGGACGGCACCUACAUUUGUCAAGGAUCUCUCGGAGCGAGCUUCCCGGAUGUGCUGAGAAAUAGCGUGUUUACUCGCGACAAAGUUGUAGGAAGGCAGACCUCGCUUGGGGUAUGUUUCUGUGGUCCAGCCGCGUUAGGCAGCUGGAUCAGGAGUGACCUCGCGAACACGAUUCUGCCUGUCAAGGUGGAGUACAACGCAGAGUGCGCUGGCGACUAG